CAGACAACCAGGAAGAGGACAGACGUGCUAACACGGCGAUCAUCGGUUUGCGUCAGUGACUCUUCAGACUCUCUGAACUUUUCCUCCUCUUGAUCGCUGCUCUUCGUCUCAUGGCUUAUCCAGGAUACGGCGGGUAUGGGGGUCCGAUGCCGGGCAUGCCUGCGCAGGGGAUGCCGCCGCAGGGAAUGCCGGGAGGGCAUAUGGGAGGUCCCAUGCCUGGGCAAAUGGGUGGGCCCAUGGGAGGCGCACCACCCCAAGGAGGAUACUCCCCCUAUGGAGGAGGCUAUCAAGGCCAAUAUGGUGCCCCACAACUGGCUGCCAAUGAUCCAAUGUGGGGCUACUUCACAGCCAUAGCAGGCCAGGACGGUGAGGUUGAUGCAGAGGAACUCCAGAGGUGUCUGACUCAGUCUGGCUUCACUGGCAGCUACACACCUUUCAGCCUGGAUACUUGCAGGAUCAUGAUCGCGAUGCUCGAUAGGGACUACACGGGCAAGAUGGGUUUCAAUGAGUUCAAGGAUCUGUUCGUGGCUCUGAACGGCUGGAAGCAGAACUUCAUGAUGGUCGACCAGGACAGGAGUGGAAAUAUCGAUCCUAACGAGAUGUCUCGGGCCGUCAAUGCUAUGGGCUACCACAUCAGUCCUCAAUCUCUCACUGUUAUCAUCAAGCGCUACAGCAAAGGUGGCAGAAUCUUCUUCGAUGACUACGUGGCCUGCUGUGUGAAACUGCGUGCUCUCUCAGACCACUUCAGGCGGAGAGAUACCAUGCAGCAGGGAACUGUCGCCUUCCAGUAUGAUGAUUUCAUCCAGUGCACAAUGGCUGUCUAAGUGCUGCUGUCCGUCCCGGGACCACGAGGUAAGGGCGUCUCACGGACCGAUCUGCGGCUGAUUCUGGAGCAGUGCCUCACAGGAAUGCAAAGGGAGGCCAGUAAAUUAGACUGAGAGGCCAUGAGCUGCAACAUGAAAGUACACAUUGCUUGUAAUGCUUAACAUAAUGCUUUAGUCUUGUAUGUCACACGGGGGAGAGUUGAGGGUGUAUGAGAUGUACACACAGCCACACAUAUAUAUAUACAGAGUAUGUAUCCACAUUAGAGGGAAUAUAAUAGAUUUCUAUAAUAAAGUUCUGUGUCUUGAUACUAAAAGGAUGAUGUGGGACACCUAUUGUGCCAUUAUACUCUCUGAAUGUAUGGUUAAAUAUAUUAAAACUACAUAGCAAACGCAGCAUCAUGGUUAAUGAGUAGGUGUUAGCAGCAUUAACAGAUGAACAGGAGGUAGACAUUCACACAGAUAUGAACUCUUAGUUCGUUUGUCCUGUGCAGUAUCUGUGAUGAAGGCAUUGUAUAAGAAAGAAAUAUGGUGCACUUCUGUUUUCUAACACUUGUAUUGAGCCCAACAUUAACUAUUAGUAGAUGCAUAUUGACCUUGCUGUUUAACUUGAUAAUAAGCCAAAGUGACUGUGAGCUGAUCCACACUGAUAUUAACAUGUUGUCAUUUAUGGUGUUUUUACAAUCUUUAUUCAAGAGCCGUCUUUCAGUUUAAGAGCUGCACACUAUUGAUUUCAUGUGCAGACUUUGUAAUGUUUUCAAACCCUGCACUUGCGCUCAGAUAUUUUGUUGCUUUGGCAGAUUUCCUGCACUCCAGCUCUACGGCUUCUCCACAUGCUGAAACGUCUGCCAUUGAAUUUUCAACAAGUCUCUCAAAAUUCCCCAACCAAUAGAACGGUGUGGAGUUAACAAAUUAAAUCCAAAAAAAUCCAAGAGCAGAGGAAAAAGAUCCCAAGAGCAAAGGAGAAACCCGAAUGCAGAUGCUGAAAGACCAAGCUCUUAAAUAAAGAUGGAAAGAAAGAACCUGUUGACAUAUAGCUACACUGCUGUAUGUUCAUAUACUUACUUUUUGUUCCCAUGUUUCAUAACCACAGCCUGUUUUUUUAAGUCAAAUCUCCUCACACACCGUGUUGUAGGAAAUAUCAUAUUUUGUUACUCAUAAUAAAACCUUUUAAAUCAG